AAUUCCGGCGGCAUUUAGAGUGCUGGCGCGUCCAAGCAUAGUCUCGAAUUAUUUUGUUCCCACUGGAGUUUCGCGCGUUAUCUCAUUGAUUUGAUAAAAAUAUAUUUUGACGUCCUGUUAUUUAAUAAUGUCAGCAAAACAUUUCGCUUCCAAAGAAAAAUUAUUCAAAAUCUUAAAAGAAUUUCAAGCACGGUUCAAUUCUCCGUUCCGACUUGCUGAAGCGACUAGAUGGUGUGAAAGCUACUUCCUACGUGAGGGUGGUAACGUCGAAACUGUUGGCGUGUUUUUUAGAAUUUAUCCUGAGUUUGGGAUUCGUUUAUCAGGUUGACCAAAACAUGUUCUUUUCCAGAUACUAUUUUAACGUGAAAAGAAUUGAGGAGUUUUUUAGCACCUUUUGCAGAUUGACAAAUGGAAGUUCCACAGAAGGCAAAAGUCAGCUAAAAAGUGCUGAUGAGUCCGGUAUCCGAUCUCUCGAUAAUUCUCAAGAAGAUGUAUUUGAAAAUAACAGCUGUUGUAAAUCUGUCUUAACCAAUACAAAAUCUCAUUUAUGGUUCGAAGAGAUAAUUAGACGUUUGUCCUGCGUAAUGGAAACAAAUAGAAAUGAGCUGAUGUCAAUAAUGGGAUCGUCGGACACUGAUUCAUCUACCUCAUCACUGCCUAAUGAUUUUUCAAUAGAUAUGGGUACUGCCGCUUACACAAACAGUAUAGCGUUAGAAAAUUGGCAUAAUUGCUUAAAGAAUUCAACUGGGAAAUUAGUCAGUCAUGUGGCUAUUACUUGUCUAGAUGCAUUGUCCAAAUGGCCAAAUAAUAUCGGUCAUCAAUCAAAAGUUUGUGAAAGAAAACGUCUACCAAGUUCACUUCUAUCCAUUACAAUUUCCCAUUUGGAAAACUUUCAACAUUGCUGCAUCCCAAAGACAGCAGAAUUACUUCUGGACCAUAUUUUUUGCAGCUUUCCAGAUGCGAAACUUUUAGCGACAAUGAAUAGUCUUCUUAAAGGUUGGAUUAAUUCCGUUUCAAGUAACGCCAAUGACUUAAAGCCGUUUGAAAAGACAUAUUCUCCUAAUGUGAUAAGUUCACAUGGUGGUGAUAAAAAUAAUCUCCAAAAUAUUUCACUCCCACCUUUAACUACACCUUUAAGGGAUACAAACAAUUUGCAUAAAAAAGUUUAUGGACAUUCAUUAUCUAAAGCUUUUACACCUGACGACAACUCAUUCACUGAAUACCAUCCUAUUUCACCGAUUGUAAACUGUCUAAGAUUUGAUGUAAGGGCAUCUGAUCCUGGUCACAACUGUGAAAAUUUAAGUAGUAUGUUAAUUCAAACGGGGAAAUCAAGAAGUCACAGUGUCUCUGAACCAGUUCAUCAUGAGUUGCAUCACCUCAACGGAUAUAACACAACCAAUCAUCAAAGAGAUUCUGGUAAAUCUAACAAUGAUCGUAAUUUUCCUACUACCUCAUAUACUCAACACUCGGAUCGUGGUGCAUAUUGUUUAUCUAAUCGGAUACCCAGUGAUCCAAUAUCGUCUAUCCAACACCAUUGGCCGAUCAUAGAAAGUUAUGAUUUAGCUAUUGCUUGUCAACUAGUUUUACUUUUUUUACCACCUGUAAUGUUUUCCCGGUUAAAAAUAAUGGUUGAUUUAUUGCGUCGAGUUCUAUCAAAUCAUGAACGCUUAGCUUCGUGGUUGGUAAACUAUGGUUCACGUGAAAAUAAGUCUGAAAACAUUUUACCAUCCGAUACUCUAUCAUCGUUGGAAAUUACAUUGCAUGUGAUUGUAAAACACUUCGGCCCACUACUUUUGCGUGUAUCAAGUGAUUCCGCUGUCAACAAAACAACUUCACGGAUUCGUUGGAGAGAAUGUCUUCUUUGUUUGUUACUUUGUGACCCGGAAAACUUCCUCUUAACAUCACCCAAUAGUUUACAGUCUUGUUUACGAUCUGUAAAUAAUGAUAAUAAUACGACAAGCGAUAAUAUUAAACCAGAACAAGAAAAUAUUCUACACAUUGAAGAGCUUAUUGGAUUAGAUGGUAUCAAGUCACAGGGUUCAAGAAAGUCCGGAUUUGCUCGCUCAUCAUCGUCAUCAUCUUUACCAGCAUUUAUUCCACCAAUCAGAUCAGCAUCUAGUAUUAGUUUAGAUGGUAGGUUGUCAAAAUUAAUUGGAUCACGAGAUAAUCUAAUCAAAUUUGCAUCGACUCCUACAAAAAAUGGUAGAAGUAGCAGUUUACAAAACUCUCCACGUUCUACCGAUACUUUCAGUUGUCGUCGUAUAUUUGAUGAAAGUAAUUUAGGUAUUGGAAAUCUAAGUAUAAAAUCACAUUCUACACUUUUUAUCAGUGAAGAGUCUUCUGGUCGGUUUGGUCGUUCCGGGAAUUGGAGUGUAGAAAAUUCUCUGAUUGGUUUAAAUUCAAGUAUAUUUUUUCAGUCUGAUCUAGAUCCCAAACGAUUAGCUGCAUUAGGUAAUACAGCUCAUUUGAUCAAGCUUUUAAAUCAGAUUCUCAAUGACCGUGACAUGAAUCCACGUAGAAAAAUGAAAUGUCUUCAAGAUGUAAGUUCAAACUAAUUUUGUUUACGAAGUACUGUUGUUUCCUACCAUUUCGUUUUCGUAUAAAAAAUAUAUAUUCUGAGGUGAUGUAAUACGAACGAUAGUUUUUCUCAGUGUAUUCAACAGUCAGGAAUUACUUUUGUCAUUCACUCAUAAUUAUCUUACUGUUAAGAAUUUACAAGAAUUAAUCCGGAAAGUUUUCUCAUUUAUACAUUUAUUUAAUUUUCGUUACUUGUUUACAUCUUCCAAUGAACAGUUUCGCAAAUCUCAUCCAGAUGUGUAUUGGUUACGCUUUGGUACUGAAGAAAAAGCAUCCAACUAUUUAUCCCGUUUACAACGUCGUAUCGAUUCACAAACUCAACCUAGUGUUUUUGAGCGGAUUACAAAUGCACUACGUCGUCGUCUUCAGAGUCCCGUCAAGCAACAGGAUUAGCAUCAGGACAGCUCUUGUACUUUGUAUUUCGAUUGUUUCAUCUAAACAUGUGGAAAAUUUAUUCGACUGCUACUUUUCUUGUAAAUGGUCGUAUAUAUCAUCUAAUAUUUUUUAAUCAGAUUAUA